AUUUGUCUAAUUUGUCUGUCUGUCUAGCGAUUUUCUUUCGAAGUGGAACAUGUAUUAAAAUCAAAGAAAUUGUUUGGUACGUGAAGGUAUUGAAAGAAGGAUGUUGAAUUGAUCUCUGGAUUGUUCAAAUAUAGAAGAGCGAAAACUUCUGGUGUUUACAAAAAUGGGUGAAGCCAACUUUCGUGCGAAGGACAUUGGUUUCCGAGCCCAAAAGAAACUUCUCAGCCGCAUGGCUAACAAGAGUAUUGCCAAAGUAUUUAUUGAUGAUACAACUGGAAAUUUGCUUGACAACUUAUAUCGUUUGGGACGAGCCCACUCUGGAAAUAAGAAAGAAGCAGAAAAAGUAGUAAAAAAUAUUAUUAAAAUUGUGAUCAAGAUUGGCAUUCUGUAUCGAAAUGAUCAGUUUAAUCAGGAUGAACUGUGCACUGCAGAAAAAUUCAAACAAAAGUUUCAUUCGACUGCUAUGGCGAUUGUCAGUUUCUAUGAAGUGGAGUUCUCUUAUGAUCGAAACUUCCUUUUGCAAGCCCUUAAUGAAUGUCGAGCUCUCAUUAAAAACCUUGUCAUGAGACAUUUGACUGAUAAAUCAAUAGGUAGGAUAGAUCACGUGUUUAAUUUUUUUGCCAACCCAUCUUUCCUGGAUGCUGUUUUCAGUCGUGAUAGCAGUCAUAAAGAACUUUUAGGUCGUAUCAUUGCUGACAUGCACAAAUUGAUGGAAGAUGGCUCCCUGUGAAAAUAAGAUAUUUCAUUUUUGU